UUGUUCUAGGUCGAGCAAGAACAAGAACAAGAAGAACAAGACCCAGGCAGGCAUCGGCGUCGUCGUUGUCGUCGUCCAACAAAAGAGAUAAGAGGUAUAGUGUGUAGCCAUGAUGAAUGUUAGAGCCUUGUGUGUGUUACUCUCGUCUCUGGGUGCCGUCAUGUUUCUGUCCCCGGAGCCUACGGUGCGCAAGAUGAACAAGGACGUGAUUGUUGUGGAGGCCCAUAGCGUCUCGGCCACCAACAAACUCGCGGAGGAGGAUUACAGUGGCAAGCUCUUGUCUGCGGCCAAGCGCGGCCAAGACGCAGCUUCAGAGGCUCGGGACAGGCUGUCGGAUUAUGUGAGCGAGGGCGCAAGCAGAGGCGCAGAGUCAGCGGCCAGUGCACGAGACAGGCUCGGCGAGUCCUUGAGCUCCGCCGGCGAUGUAGCACAUCAAGCCGUUGAGGAGCAGCAAUCUCUGGGCAGUAAGCUGGCGAGAGCUGUCACGGAGAGGGUUCAGGAGGCUGCGCACUACCAGCCCAACUUGGGCCAAGGCAUUGGCUUCUACGACGCCUCCCACGGUACGCCGGAGGACCAAGACCUCAAGAAGUUGGAGGACUACCUCGAAGGUGCAAGGAGCUCGGCCAGAGAUGCAAUGGACAAAGCAACAGAAGGGCUUGGGCUUCUCCGGAACCAACUUCCAGAGCUAGAGCCGCACGAAGAGCAUCCCAGCCUGGAAAUGGCAAGGGGAAAGGUUCGCGACUACUACGACGUGACCAAGGCCGCUGUGCUCGACGCGCUCAGCAACAAGGAGCAGCAGCUGGGAAGGUCGCUCGAUUCCUCCAAGCGUCGAGUUGAGGCCUACUAUGACAAGGCCAAGCAGGCGUCCUUGGAAAGCUUGGAAAACCAAAAGGAGAAGUUGGGACACAUUGUCGACGUGGUGAGGCUCAAGCUCAAUGCUGGACGGGAGGCAGUCUUCAACUACGGCAUGAGCACAAUACAGAGCGGCAAGGACGCCGUUGUGGACGAGAAGAACAAGCUCUGUCUCAAAGUGCACGAGGCUGAAGAAGAAGCGGCAAGGUGGGGCAACAGCGCGCGGGAGAAGGUGAAUCGAACGUGGAAUCAGGCCGGUGCAUGGGCUCACGAUAAGAUGGCCAAGCUCAACCAGUCUGAAGAGAUGGCACUCCGGAUUUGCAAGCAGUGGGUCCAUAAGUCGGUGGCCACCUUCGUUCGCCUGAUGCACUUGUUCCUCUUCUCGUCCACGUUUGGCAGUGCACUGUGGGUGACUUUCAUCUCUGGAUUCGUGCUCUCCAACAACAUAUCCCGCCACCAGUUCGCCCUGGUGCAGAGUAAGAUUUUCCCCGUCUACUUCAGGAUUGUUGGGUCGGGGAUUGCUCUUCUCCUUGCAACGCACAUACUGCUGCACUCGCCGCCAGGUGCCCACCUGUCGGAGCUGCUGCAGUGCUACAACCUUGCGGGGUGCCUGGUUGUGACACUGCUCAACACUUUCCUGCUGGAACCACGGCUGACAAAGUGUGUGUUUGACAAAGUACGGAUAGAGAAGGAGGAAGGCAGAGCUUUGGAUCCCGGCCCUGGAGAACGAGGAGGAGGAAGUGGUGUGGACGAUCACGCCAGGAGGACGCAGCUGGGGGACGUGAUGACAAGGGUCCGGGCGCUGCACUUCUGCAGCUCUGCUGCAAAUCUUGCAAUGCUGGUGGGGCUGGCAUGGCAUCUGUGGUACCUCAACUGCCGGUUGGGCAUCUGAUCCGGCAUGUCCUGACUUGUCUGGUGUGGAUAUUGUCUCUUUUAAAAAACACAUGAAGAUCUGGGAA